UCCGGAUCCGGAUCCGCCCAGCCUGGCGUCACAGCACCGACAAGAUGGCCGGGAGUACUGGGCGAAAGUGAGAGGAAACAAAAACACUGGCGUGCUACCCUUGCCGCAGAUGCCAGACCUGUAGAGCUGCAGAAGACGAAUUGGUGCACAGAUAAACGCUGGGCGGUCGGUUUAUUCAAGACUCCGUUCUUGGGGUGACAUCUGCGGUAUGCAGACAAAUUGUGCUCCAAGCCAUCUCGCUGACAGAACGUUUGUCAGGUCGUCUGCGUUGGCUAGCUAGCUAGUGAGCUAACCAUGUUAGCUAGCUGACAACACCGUGAGUGAGAGAAUACGCGUUCAGAAAGUGACAGUUAGGUAUUUUUGAAAUAAACAGUCGUUGCUUCUUCUUCGUUCCCGAGAACUAAAAUUUGCUGCAUCAGCAUAACUUCCCCGAGUGGGAAAUUGGAUUUAACGCACUAGUUGACGCGUAGCCAACUGGUUAGCAAGCUAACAUUGCGGAUUUCUUGCUCGCAGCUUCAGAGUUAGCGUUAGCAAACGUCUGUUAGCUUGCUCAGCUGUUUUGGGUGACUUGGGGUUGUUCCGACACAGGAAAGGUACACCCGUGUGUGUGGGAAGGACAUUUUCCUCUUACGUAAAAGUACCGGAGACGGUUCUCAGUAGGCCUCGGUAAACAGGUGUCGUGGAGGAUUGCUUACAUUGACGGCACCACAGCCGGGGCUGUAAACACAAGUCAAGACGAGGAGAUCUCAGCCCUGCGUUGUUGGACGAGUCGCAGUUCCGGGCAGCAGCAGCAGCAUCAUGGCCCAUUCUCCCGUUCAGGGUAACCUGCCAGGGAUGCAGAACGCCAAAGUGGACCCGGAGGAGCUGUUCACCAAGCUGGAGCGCAUUGGCAAGGGUUCCUUUGGCGAGGUGUUCAAAGGCAUCGAUAAUCGCACCCAGAAAGUAGUGGCCAUCAAGAUCAUAGACCUGGAGGAAGCCGAAGAUGAGAUUGAAGACAUCCAGCAGGAGAUCACGGUUCUUAGCCAGUGUGACAGCCCCUUUGUCACCAAGUACUACGGCUCAUACCUGAAGGACACAAAGUUAUGGAUCAUUAUGGAGUAUUUAGGUGGAGGCUCAGCAUUAGACUUGAUGGAGCCCGGAGCUCUGGAUGAGACCCAAAUUGCCACGAUCUUGAGAGAGAUCCUCAAGGGCCUGGAGUAUCUGCACUCUGAGAAGAAAAUCCACAGGGAUAUCAAAGCUGCCAAUGUGCUGCUGUCUGAGCAAGGCGAGGUGAAGCUGGCAGACUUUGGGGUGGCGGGCCAGCUCACCGACACCCAGAUCAAGCGCAACACCUUUGUUGGCACACCCUUCUGGAUGGCCCCCGAGGUCAUCAAACAGUCGGCCUACGACUCUAAGGCUGAUAUCUGGUCUCUAGGCAUCACAGCCAUUGAGCUGGCAAAAGGCGAGCCGCCUCACUCAGAGCUCCAUCCCAUGAAGGUUUUAUUCCUCAUCCCAAAGAACAACCCGCCUACGCUGGAGGGAAACUACAGCAAACCGCUUAAGGAGUUUGUCGAGGCCUGUCUCAACAAAGAGCCCAGUUUUAGGCCAACUGCCAAAGAGCUGUUGAAGCAUAAGCUGAUCGUUCGCCAUGCGAAAAAGACCUCCUACCUGACCGAGCUGGUGGACAAGUACAAGAGGUGGAAGGCAGAGCAGUCCAGAACCACAGAGUCCAGUUCUGAUGAGUCUGACUCAGAGCAAGAUGGGCAAGCGUCGGGAGGGAACGACUUUGGCAGUGAUGACUGGAUCUUCACCAUCCGAGAGAAGGACCCCAAGAAGCUACAGAAUGGGGAGGGACAGUCAGGGGCCACAGAUCAGACAAAAGACAUUCCAAAGAGGCCUUAUUCACAGAGCCUGUCCACAGUCAUCUCUCCGGCAUUAGCUGAGCUGAAGGCGAGACAGGAGCAGGUGAAUGGGAACCCCAUGGUCCUAGAUGACCUGAGGGAGGCCAUUCUGCUGGCUGAGGAGGCCUACCCUGGCAUCUCCGAUUCCCUGGUGGCCCACAUGGUCCACAGGCUUCAGAGUUUCUCCACAAGCAGGACGUCCUCCUCCUCCCCAUAGUGAUUGGCUCUCUGCCCCAGCCCUGCUCUCCCAGGCCCCCACCCCCCCACCCCCAACACCACAGCCAGGUCAGAGGGUUAAAAGUCAGGGGUCAACUCAUUCAAUACCAGCUGACCGUGUUUGACCUCCCGUGUGGGGGGGUGCUAACAUAGCCUGUAAAAAUGACUGAACUCCAAAGCGGAGGAUAGCAGAGAAACUCUGGAGAGCAUCUUUUAGCCACUUAUGAGAGGGGAAGUUUGGGGGGGGGGGCAGCAAACCCCUUGGAAUCGGCUGUGAUGGGACAAGACUCAAAGUCAGAGCAACCCGCCAGAAAAACAUUAACAGCCAAGUCAGACUCUGGGCUCUGUAGAUGCGAGACUUCUCCAGUCUCACAGCACGGAGUCUCCACAUGGAAUUUGCUCGACGAGGAGCUGAAAAUCGCCCCCCAAAUGCAAGACAAGACUUCAGUCCCCCUCUUAAUGCAGGCGUCAUAUCCCCAGAACCUCUGAAAGCAUGCGUGAUGAACCUGCAGGGAUACUAUCUUAGUGUGCGCGUGCUAAAAUGCACAACAUGUGUGUGGGCACCCGCGAGCGUGUCCGUGUGUGUGUGUGCACGUGUGCUCUUGCGUAUGUAAGACUCCCUGUUAAGGCAAAUUGCAGCAUUUUUAAUGAAACCUCAGGUAAAGUGCUUUAAGUGGACUUUGUCCUCCAAGGCAGUGGGAGGAGGGGGAUUGGGGGGUCGCCGUGCUGUACAUGAUUACAAGUUGUCAUUGCGGGAAAUGAAUCACUGUGUACAAAAUGGUCAUGCGCAUUUUGUAGAUAUUGAUAAUGUUUAAAAGUAGAUAUUUAAAGAUUUCAAGAAUUACUCCAACAGAAAACAGAAAAUGCCUUGCCUUUUUACACACACCUACGUUCUGGCAUUUCAUCACAGAUUUAGUUUGUUUUAUUUACUCGUCAGUGAGUGAAAUUCAGUUCAGUAUUCAUCAGUGUUUUCUUUCUAAGUGACUGUCUCCAAUCUUCCAUUUCAAUCACCUGCUGAAUCAUCAGACUAUGAUACUAAGCUUACUUUGUGUAGAGGCAGAAGCUUUUCCUUUGUUUUUGUAGUAGGGGGGGAAAACUCCUACCUGUACUUAUACAAUUUUAGACAACUUAAGUCAGUUUUUAAAUUGUGUAGGACACGAAUGAAGGUAGAUGUGUCAGCAGUGGCUCGUAACAAUAUUGAGUGGAGCCUAGGACAAUUACAAGGAGAGGAACCACUAUAGGCGGUUGAAUGCUGAUAUCAUGUGAAGUAUUAUUUUUGUUCCUUGGCUUAUAAUUUAUCCUCAGCAUUACUUACAAAACUGAAGUGGGGGUGAGGAAUAAGUGGCAAGGACCAUUGUGGGCCAUCCCAUCGUAACACUUGUUCAUGGCUAAACUGCACCGUAUAUCAGGACAGGCCAAGCUGCAGAAAUCAACGCCAUCCUUGUUUCCUCACUCCAUACGUGGGUUCUAAUUUCCACACCAUGCUAUAGAAGUGCCAUGUCCUCUUUUAUGCUUUCACCAGAUGUUUGUAGUAUGAUUUGCACCUUUUUUUUUUUUUUUUUCUUUUUUCUUUUUUCUAAUUUUCAGAUCAGUUUUUUGCACUUUGAAAGUGUGUCGAGUAUUUAAAGAAACCUGUAAGAGGAAAAAACACAAAACGAAAAAAGUUGCUAAUAGCCAUGUUUUACUAUAUAUGUUUACUUAAGAGUUCCAGAAUUUACUACUGUGCUAAUGCAGCAAUAAUGUUGAGGAGUUGCAGCAAGGCGCACUUGUCAACACAGGGAUUGAAUGAAAUUAAGAAAUAUCUGAUAUUUUUAUAACUGCAAAGAGUUAAGUAUGGAAAUACGGAAUGCUUUAUGGAUAUGGGCACCCGCCUCUGGCAAAAAAUAUCUAUACCUUACAGAAAAAACAUAUGCUACGGAAAUAACUACAAAAUGUGUACAUUUGGUCUCCUUUAUCAUAGCUGACAGUUUAUAGUACUGUAUAUAAUCUUUGCUUGUGUCAUUUGAGAAUUCCCAAGUUAAAUGUAAGCUCCUUGUAAGCUUUCAAAGUGACAUGAGAAAAUAAAGAUCUAAUGGUAACUGAGAACUUUGUGUCCUGUCUCAUCGUCUGAAAUGCUGAAAUGAUUAGUCUAUAGUUCAGUUAUCAAUAAACAGUAGAAGGUGCCAAACGUUGGGUGGAACUUCCCAUUCCCAUACAGUAUUCAUGUUAAAUCGUGUUUGAGCUAGCGUCAGAACCUCCAGGGGCUUUCAGGCUGUGCCACCAGAAAUCUGUUGAGCCCUCUAGGGGACACCAUUCUCCAACUCUGUCCUAACGGACCUUGAAACCGCCUUUUGAAUCCUACUCUCACACAGACAAAGAGCAGAUACUCAACCGCUUGGGCUGAACUACAUCAGCUGACCCAGCUGCCUUCAUCCGAAUGCCGUGGCCUGCCACGAAAAUUUUUGUCGGCAUUCAUGGUCUCGAGCGAGAGAGAGAGAGAGGCCUGCUGACUUUGUGGAUUCCCCCUGGCUUUCCUUCUCGCUCCAGGAGGGAGGAGGUUGAUUAUUGAUGAUCCUGAUUAUUUUUCACUUUGGGCAUGUUAGCAUUUAGUUCAAAGCACCGCUGUGUCUACAGCCCCACACAGCAGCAUGGCUGUAGACUCUUGGUUUUGUUUUAAGGCCAAACAUUCUCUGGAUAACAGUCACAGUCCUAGAUGUGUGUAAUUAGUAUUCAUAAAGGCUACAGAAACAUUAUCGGAUUUUGCUAUCCCUUUUGGAUUUCAGGAGAAUACCCAGAAUUGACAAAAUGUUAGGAACAUCCAUCAAAUAUUUCUUUUCUUGACAGCCUUCAUGCUUGUGUAAACACUGAAAUGACUCAAGUGUCUUUAUUUAGAUUCCGUAUUUCACCAUAUUUCUGAAGCAGUUUUAGCAGGUGCACCAUGGCUUACUCCAGAUAAGUGUUCACUUAUUUACAUACUGUAUGUGUCAAAGGGUUUUGUAUUCAGCAAAAUAAAUUUAUUUGAAAUUAUGCCAUUACAUAGGUUUUAUGACACCAUUCCUGAUACAGAUGUUUACUGGAUAUGCCUUACGUGUAUGGGUUUGUUAUUGUUUGUUUGUCUUCGGGUUUGUUUCUUUAUUGAAGACCUUGAUGAACAGCCACUAUCAAAGUGUAGUAUGCUCUCAGGCCAAAAUGAAAUCUGAUUUUGAAUGUGGAAUAUGAUCGAAGGUUUCUGACUGAAUAAGCAGCCUUCGGUGUAGGACUUUACCCUGGAGCAGAUGAGAACGUCGUGUAUAUUCAACAGUGACAAUAUAUUACGAUACAUACAAAA